AUGCUUGUAUAUUGUAUUGUAUUUUUAUCUUUUUGUAGCAACUUUUUUUCUAGCACAAGAGGUAAGAAAUAAUUUAAAUUUACUAAUCUUAAGAGUUUAGUUUACCUAUUGAACACGUUAGAUGCUAAAACCGAGCUGAAUUGGCAAACAUACAGCUCCGGAGGAUCACAAAGAGUAAGUUUUUAUUGUUUUUGUUUGGUUUUUAGGUAUCAUUCAUGAAACUCUGGGGGAUUUUGAUUAAAUUUGAGCUUUUUAUGGUUGUGGUCAAGUGUAAUGUCGAAAACUUUCGAAAGAGGAAGUAAACUAAUACUAAUUUCGUUGAUUUUGGACUUAUAUGACAGAUCAUAUGUUUUUUUAAGUAAACUGUGCAGGUUUUGCUUGAUUCUAGGGGUGAGAAACGGGCCGUCUAGGCCCGGCCUUGAGCUAAAAUUGAAACGGGCCGGGCCCAAAGGUUAGGCCCGGCCCGCGGGCCGGGCUUGAAAAUUGGGCCCGGGCCCGAAAAAAAAAUUUUUUAAUUUUUAAAAAUUUUUUAUUUUAAUCCCCGUUGAUGUUUUUUGAUUUUAUUGGGUACCAUGAUACAUAAAUGAUCUAAAAGAACAAUGCAAAGCCAAAUUUCCGUUUAUUUUUUAAGUUUUUAAAUUUUUUAAAUUUUUUAAAACGGGCCGGGCCGGGCCUAGAAAUUUUCUGACCGGGCCGGGCCGGCCUGAGAGAAAAUUGAAAACGGGCCGGGCCUAAACGUUGGGCCCGGCCCUUUUCUCACCCCUACUUGAUUCGCGUUGUGGCGCGAUAUUGUUUUAGGUAUAGAUUACGUAAUAAAGGCAAAAGUACCGCAUAUUUAGUUCUUUUUAGGUGUUUAACGAUAAAAAUAGCAUUUAAACUACAUUUUAAAUUAUGUUUUGUUAAUUUAGUAUUAAAAUAGAACUAAUUUUUCAAUUUCAGUGGGUUGAAGAGACGUAUCGAAGCUUCGACAACCGUUCAGUCAAUCAACAAGCCUAUUCAACGUGUUCUACCGAUCAUAAUGCACGUUUUGAGAAUUGGCUUCUUUUGCCAAACGUGAAUAAAGUGAAAGAAGCUCGAUUAUUUAUUGAUUUUCGGUUUUCCAUGAAGAAGUGCUCAUCUUAUCCUCGACUAUCACCUUAUUGCAAGGAAACCUUGAACUUCUACGCGUAUGGAGUGCCGAGAGGACAAGCGAUGAGUGCUUUAGAUUGGCACAAUCAAACAGAAUGGAAGUUUGUGCAUACUAUCACGCCGAACAAUGAUUAUGGGGAAAUAUAUUACUCUUCAACGUCUUAUGACGCGGACUUCGAGUCAGUUUACUUUGCGGUUAAAGAUUCCGGAGCUUGUUCUUCUUUAUUAGCUGUUCAGGUAGGUUUUCAAAUGCCUAUAUUAAAAGAAAUAUAUCAUUUUUAGAUCUAUUAUAUUGUUUGUCCACUAUCGAUUCAUCAAAGAGUUCAACUACCUCAAGUUGUAGUAUCAAAACAAGCUAAAACAGUACAGGGAACUUGUUUAUAUUAUCCGCAUGGUGCUAAACUCAACGAACCAAGGUAUUUAUGUAGGGAAGACGGCAAUUGGCAACAGUUGAUUAAUGAAUGUGGUUGCCCGCCAGGUCGCAGUCCUUAUGGUGAACAAUGUCAAGGUAGGUUAAUAUGAAGAGUGAUGACGUUUUUAUUAAAAAAGAACUUUAUAGCUUUGAAAGUUUUUUUUAUCAUUGUGUUUUUCUAGAAUGUGCUCAAGAUUCAUAUAAUCCAUUCUACGACUCCAAUCCAUGUACAGCUUGCCCAUCAGGAUCUAUAUCAAAACAAGGCUCAACUUAUUGUAAAUGCAAACCAGGACAUGUGAGAUCAAAUCCGAAUGAUCUGGACAGUGAAUGUUACUUAUUGUCAUUGUUACGAGAGAUCAGGACCUCUCAAAUGGAUUCAGGAAGCUUUAUCAGUGAUAGUGGAAAGAUAAUCAUCGUAUUGAUAUCAUCAUUGGCUGUGUUGUUUGUACUAUGUAUGGCAAUUGUGUUGUUCUUGGUUAAUGCUAAAAUGAGGUUAAAGAGAGUGAUCAAUGAAGUUGCUAACACUGAGAGCAAGGAAUGUAAGUUUUCGUGAAUUUUGGAUUAGAAUAGGUAAUAAAAGGAUUAAAAUAGGAAGGUUUGUUUUACAAAAUUAUUGCCAUUUUGAUGUAUGUUUUGAUAAAAAAUUUUGCUUCACCGUAUUUUUUAAAUUAAUAUUACAUUUUUUGAUAAUAUAUAUUGUUUUAGCAGAUGCGAGUACUAGACAUUCGAUCUCAUCGAUGACUUCACCGCCAACUCCUAAAUCUGGUAUGUUUUGCCAUUUUAUGAAUUUAUAAAUUUUUUGCCAUUUUUAGUUUUUGAAAGAACGUUUUUGUUAUUUUAUGUUUUGUAAAGACAUUUUUUGCUAUUUUAAUGAUUUUUAAAGAAAGGUUUUGCCAUUAUGCGUUUUGGAAGGAAUCUUAUAUUCUCCUAUUUUUAGUCACCUUAUUCCCAGCCUUCACCAACGGCAAUAACAAGCCCGGCCCCUUAAUGUACGUGGAUCCCCUAACAUACGAUGACCCAGCAAAGGCCUUGGCAGACUUUGCUAAUGAAAUACCACGCGAUAUGGUGGAAGUGACAAGAACAAUCGGCUCAGGACACUUUGGAGAAGUUUGUUGUGGUCGAUUGAGAAUGGAGUCGAAUUACUGCAACAUUACCAACAUGGUACAACAAAUCGUAGCCGUCAAAAUGCUGCAUUCGGAUGUUUCAAGAAAGGCACGACUUGAUUUUCUGAUAGAAGCCUCGAUUAUGGGCCAAUUUGAUCACGAAAAUGUUGUCCAUCUUGUUGGGGUUACGACCAAAACAGAGCCAGUAAUGAUCAUCACUGAGUACAUGUUGAAUGGGUCCUUGGACAAGUUUUUGAAGGCAAAUGAUAAUGGAAGGUUGUCUAUGGCGCAGCUGGUGAAAAUGAUGCAUGAUAUUGCGUCAGGGAUGAGGUACCUAGUCAGCAAGGGUUUUGUGCACAGGGUAAGGGUAAUAUAAUGAUUUUUGAUGGUUUAAAUUGAUUUUUUGAUUUGAAAUAGAUUAAACAGGAUUUUAGUGAGGAAAGUCUUGUGGUAUAAGUAGUUUUAGGUUUUUUAAAAUUUUUAAAUUUAAAUUUUAAAAAAUGAAUUUUUGGUUUAUUCAUAUUUGGACAUUCUGGUACUUAUUCUAAAAUUUUCAGGAUUUGGCCGCAAGAAACGUCCUAGUAGACGACCGUCUAACCUGCAAGAUUGCCGACUUUGGCCUGAGCCGCAAAGUCCGGUCGAAAGAUGACCGUGAAUACACAACCACCGGCGGCAAGAUCCCGGUACGAUGGACGGCUCCAGAAUGCAUCGCUCAUCACAAAUUCACAUCGGCUUCAGAUGUGUGGAGCUAUGGCAUCGUAAUGUGGGAGGUCUGCUCAUUUGGAGAACGACCAUACUACGACUGGUCUAAUGCAAGAGUGAUUGAAGAGAUCAAGGCUGGAUUCAGACUGCCAAAACCAAUGGACACGCCAGAUAGGAUUUAUGAAAUGAUGAAGAAGUGCUGGAACCAUCAAAGGCAUGAACGGCCCAGUUUUGGGGAUUUGACUACAGAAUUGAUCAGUAUCAAACAGGAACUUCAUGAAUCAUACGGAAGGGACAGGUAUUAACUUGAAUUCUUUACUUUUUCACUAUUUUUGGGGCGUUUGGGCUAGAUUUUGUGACUUUUUUUUGGUUUUUGGGUACUUUAGCUUGUUCUUGACACGUUUUACCUCCAUAUUCAGAAAUUUUACCCUAUUUAAUAAAAUUUUUUAUAAAAGAGUCUAAAUUACUUUUUUUUUAUUAAAACGAAUUUAAAUCUUGUGAUUUUGAAACUAUUUUUCUGAAUUUUGUGAAUAUUUUUUAACUCCUGUAUAUAUUGUUGUAUGUAUUCUAGUUUACAAUGUAAAUAAACUGUCAUUUACUACCAGUAUUAUUGAUGUUUUUGUUUUACAGAAGCCUCGGUGACAUCAGCUCUCCAGACACACCCAACACUCCAACCUCAAAACAUUUCUACGACUUGUAG